AGCCACAUAGGAACUCCAACGGCGAGGCUGAGGCCUGGUUGCUUUGAGGGGAAGACUGUGAAGUGACGACGACAGACGCUGGCAGCUUAAGCGCCUCUUUUCCGCCAUGGCUCGCGACGUGAAGAGCAUGUUGUCCAAAAACCUUCUCCGCAUGAAGUUCAUGCAAAGGGGCCUGGAUUCCGAAACCAAAAAGCAGCUUGAGGAAGAGGAAAAGAAAAUAAUCAGCGAGGAGCACUGGUUCCUGGAUCUACCAGAACUGAAGGAAAAGGAGAGCUUUAUAAUAGAAGAGAGAAGCUUUGCACCAUGUGAAGACCUCCUAUAUGGCAGAAUGUCAUUUAAAGGGUUCAAUCCUGAAGUUGAGAAGUUAAUGAUCCAGAUGAACUCUAAGUACAAGACAGAAGAAAUCGAAGAGGAAGAUAAUGCAAUGGAAGCUGAUGUAUCGGAUGAAGAAAUGGCCAGAAGGUAUGAAACCUUAGUGGGAACAAUUGGGAAGAAAUUCUUAAAGAAGAGAGACCGCCAUGCGCUGCAGGAGCCCAAGGAGGAUGAAAACAGUGAUGGGAGACCUAGCAAAGCAAAGAAAAUGUUUUUGAAACCCCAGGAUUAAAUGACACGGAUGAUUUGUGUGUUCUUUCGGUCGCAGAAAUCUAUUCUGUGUCACAGUAAUGCAAGUUAUUUUUGUAAAUUGCCGGAUCUCUUUAUAUCUCUUGGACAGAUGCAUUUUUCAGCGUAGAUGGGUACAUAAUGGAUGUUAUACAUCCUCUACUCCUUGCACACAUUUUUAGUGUGGGAAUGUAAACAGCACAAUGCGUGUAAAUAGAAAGGUUGAGGACACCUUUAGAUUAUGACUUUUUAAAGUGCAAGAAUAAUAUUUCAGAGAUGUAGCCCCAUCAGAGUUUUCCCUUUUAUUUUUUUUUCUUCAAAUGCUUUAGAAACAUAAACUGUUUCUCUAAAAGGAGAGGGGGAAUGAAAACUUGGGCCUAAAUUCAAAUUCUAGCCCCAAAUAGAACUGAUCUAUUUUAAAAAUUGCUAAAGCCCAUUAUGUAAAGCCCAUUGAUUCAGUGGAUCUGUUGAUACUAGCAAUUAUGUUUAGGCACUGAAUUUGUUUGCUUCUUUUUAUUAUUUGAAAAUAUUUUGGAGCAAUGGCUAUGUUUAACUUUUUAGGGCAGUUUUAAAUGUGUGCUACUUUUGCCAAUGUUAUGAUCUGUCUUAAAUAAAUUACUUGGCCUGCUAUUAAAAGCAUGAACCGGU